CACGACGCAAGCCUCGGCGCGAUCCUGUCAGGAAUGCGGCACCGCGCCCAUCUUGCCCCCCGAGGCGAGAACCGCAAUAGCACGCCCUCAUCAACACUUAGGGAUCUUGAGCCGCAAGGACAAGCACCAACCCAACAAAAAAACACCCCCACAGGACGCACAAGCCCGCCAAAACCAAAACCAUCAAGCAUGUCCCUGGACGCCGAGCCGGGCCCCUGCACCUACCUCGUCUACUGGGCACGCGACAGCCCUGGCGGCUGGACGAGCGCGCACAGCACGUCGGGUCCCGUCGAGUCCCGGCGCGUCAACGAGUGCUGCCGCCCUGAGCGCCUGACGCGGGCUGGCGACGACUGCAACUACUGGUGCGCCGACCCGCGGGAGCGGCGGCGGCGGCGCCGACGCGGCGACGACAACGACAACGACAACGACAGCGGCUGCUCCCCGGCCCAACGCCUACGCGGCUGCCUUCGGGGCAACGCGACCGCCGAGCCGUACAAGUCGCGCUGCGUGGCCCCGCAGCCGCCACCAACGACGACGCCGGGGCCGAGCGAUGGCGGCGUCGACGGGACGGCCGGGCCAUCAAAGAACGCGGCCGGAGGGACAAGGACACCCAAGAUGGGGAUGAGAAUUCUCCUGAUGCAAGCUCUCGUCAUAUCCAGCCUUCUAGCACGGCCAUGGUGACAUGGGUG